AUUUAUUUUAAAGCUAAAAUAUUAAAUAUCUACAUAGCACCAAAUAUUUUUUUAUACAAUAAAUAAAAAAGCACAAUUUAAAUUUUAAGAUGAUUUCUUUAAACAAAUCUAGGUAUUCUAUAAAAAGAUUUUUUUCAUAUGCCUAGAAGUUUUAAAUUAGCUUUCUCAGAUAGAAAGAGGAAGUCAAAGAAAUUAAUGUUCUCGAUAGCGAUCUAUAAGGUCUUUGUAAUUAGAUGAAAGAAAAUGAAAAGGAGCUAAUUGAAGAAUUAGAUAGCGAUCCUACAAACUAUGAAAUCAAAACAAAAUGUGCCGUUGCGACAUCUUUAAGAAGAGUUUUAUAAUAUGAAAUCAAAGAUUACUUAAAAAAUUAAUAAAUUAUAGAUAAAACAAAGCAAGAUCUUUUGAAAUGCUUUUCAGAGAAAGGAUUUCUCCUAUUAGAAAAUUCAAGAAAACCUGUUAUGCAAUUGAUUAAAAGAAUAGGAUCAAAAUAAGUAGAAAUUCUAUUUAGAGCUAAUGAAAGAUAUCAUGUAUUAAAUCCAAACGAUUAAAGAUUUUUAUAUUAUAAUGAAUUGGAUUAAGCUAAGGAUAUUUUAGAUAUUAGAUUUGAAAAUCAAUAUUUUAACUCUUUACACUAAGAAAGAGAAAAAAUAGCUAGAGACCUCAUCCUAGAUUAAGAAAACCCUUUAGGAAAUCCUCUUGAAGAGUACAGUUUCACAUUUUUAGUAAUUGUUAAAGAUAAGCCAGAAGUAGAAUAAUAUGUUGUUUAUGAAUGCGAAGAAUCUUUUGGAGAAAUUACUAUUAAAAAUAUUGGAAUAUAUGAAAGUCAUAGUUAAAUUGAAGAUAUUUUAAAAUUUAAAUAUAUUUCAGAGCAAAAGCAUGAUAUUAGAUUAAAUAUUAGCAAAGUAUAUAAGCCCAAGUUCAUAAAUUUAUCUGAAAAACUGUAAGAGGCAUUUUUAGAAUACUUAAAUAGUUUUGAGAUAGAUAUAGAAUUAGUUCAAAGCAUUCACAAAGCUAGUAUUUAUAAAUAGCAAAAUUUGUUUGUUGAAUGGCUUUUUAAUACUCAUUAAAUUGCAGUUGAUUUAGAUUGAAUUUAAAAUAAGUUAAUUUUAUUAUAAAAUAUAUUAAAAGCAUAGAAACUAACUCAAUUUUGUUUAAAUGACCAACAAAUAUAUUUAUUGUACGUGUAUAUAAAUAAUAAAUUUUUUAAAAUCUAAAU